UGUCCACAGACCCUCCACCACCUCGACCCAACUGUCUUUCCUAAAGGUGACAAAACUCAACUGACAACUACCUUUGGUCACUUGUUGGAAGAACAUCGAGUUGUCGGAAGCCCGAGACAUUUCCACACCACAUUUGCCGGGUCCCUGAUCACCAUGAAGACAACACUGCUGCUCUCUGUACUGUGCGCUGUCAUGGCGGCGGCUGCGUCUCAACCUUGUACAAAUGAACCCUGUGCUACUGACGAGUUUUGUAACAGUACUACUAGUACUGCCUGCCAGUGCAAUAAAACACUCUAUUCAUUCACACGAGGAAAAUCUCCAUCUCCAAUUCUUAAUUGUACCGGAGCAAAGUUCAAUAUACAAGUGUCAAAAUGUUGGUUGGAAGCAAACGGUUAUAAUACGUCUGAUAUCAGGCUGAACGGCACCAACUCUGGUUGUUUCGCAGCAAGAGAGAUUGUGAAUGGAGAAUCGGAGAUGACCAUUCAUUUCCCAGUGACAAGUCCUCUCUGUAACACGGUUCCUGUGCCAAAUACGACCCAUGUCACCUACAGUAACCAGCUGUAUAUUUUUGCCAAGACGGAUCCAAUCCAAACAACAAAUGACGCCGUCAUGAAUUUUUCCUGCUCCUACCCUCUGAAUAUCAAUGUCACUCUCAAUGUGACACUUCACCCAGUAAUCGGGAGCACAGUGAUAUCCGGCCCUUCAGGAAAUGGAAGUUAUGUAGCCGUAAUGCUGGCCUAUAAAGACGAGUUUAUUACCCCUCUCUCCGACUCCGUCACCCUGAAAGUAGAAGAUACCGUCUACAUCUCAGUGCAAGUACCAGAUCUGGAUGUAAACGCCUUCAAACUCAAAGUGGUGAAUAUUUAUGCCUCUGCUACCGAAUUAGGCGUCCCAAAGUACUAUCUUCUUCAGAACGGGUGCCCAGCCAAAGAUGUAUCUGCUGACCAGCUAUCAGUGGUGAGCAAUGGAUAUGCCACUGAAUCUCGGUUUGCCAUGAAGGUCUUCAAGAUUGCCAGUUCUGACAACGUCUAUCUCUAUGCCGAUCUUGCACUCUGCACAGCUGCUGAUUGUAACUCGACCUGCACCUCUCGAUCCGUAUCACGUGAUUCCCCGGACAUUGCAGGAAGGGUCAGCAUCUAUUUGAAUGCAGCUGAUACCAGUUAUGUGGAUACCAGUUCUGCCAGCGGUUUCUCCAUGCCUUGGACUUUGUCUGCUCUGAUCUUCUCCUGCAUCUUGAUGAAACUGAUGUAAUCCCUCCGAGAACCGACCAUCCCGACACCAUGAGACUUUGUCAUAUCGUCGCCCCCAAUGCUCUCAGCAGAGAGAAGUUAUGAAGGAAUCUUGUAUCUAAUUCUUUUUCUGUGGACGGUGUUGGCUGCAUCAUAUAUAACGCUUCCUAAGAUCACCUUCGGGGUGUCCCGAUUAUCUCUCAUUGUUUACAGUGCUGAUAUUCUGAUUUUAUGGCUUAGAGGCUCCUGCUUUAUACCCGACCUAUUUAUUGUGUGUUGUAUAUAUUGUACGGUAAGAAUGGUUAAUGAAGUAGACUAUAUAUCGUUAUUUUGUAUCCCUGGAGACACCCUGUACUUUUUACUGUUCUUUUACAUCUAAUAAACUGCAAAGUAAAGUAAUU